AUGGCGGAGCUGCAGCUGGACCCGGCGAUGGCGGGGCUGGGAGGGGGUGGCGGGAGCGGGCUGGGCGACGGGGGUGGCCCGGGCCGCGGGCCCCCCAGCCCUCGCCCCGCCGGCCCCACGCCCCGCGGGCACGGCCGCCCGCCCGCCGCCGCUGCGCCGCCACUGGAGCCGGGUCCCGGACCGCCAGAGCGGGCAGGGGGAGGCGGUGCGGCCCGCUGGGUCCGGCUGAACGUGGGCGGCACCUACUUCGUGACCACCAGACAGACCCUAGGCCGGGAGCCCAAGUCUUUCCUCUGUCGCCUCUGCUGCCAGGAGGACCCGGAGCUGGACUCGGACAAGGACGAGACAGGAGCCUAUCUGAUUGACAGGGACCCCACCUACUUCGGUCCUAUCCUCAACUACCUCCGCCACGGGAAACUCAUCAUUACAAAGGAGUUGGCUGAAGAAGGUGUUCUGGAAGAAGCGGAGUUUUACAACAUUGCAUCUCUUGUGCGGCUGGUUAAGGAACGGAUACGGGACAAUGAGAACAGAACUUCUCAGGGCCCCGUGAAGCACGUGUACAGAGUCCUGCAGUGCCAGGAAGAGGAGCUUACACAGAUGGUCUCCACUAUGUCUGAUGGUUGGAAAUUCGAACAGCUAAUCAGCAUUGGAUCUUCCUAUAACUACGGAAAUGAGGAUCAGGCAGAAUUCCUCUGUGUUGUCUCCAGAGAACUCAAUAAUUCUACCAAUGGCAUUGUCAUAGAGCCAAGUGAAAAGGCAAAGAUUCUUCAGGAGAGAGGAUCUCGGAUGUAA